ACACUCCCUCUCUUUCUGUCUUUUGAUUUACUCUUUUCUGUUGCUGCAACUCAUGGAACGCAAUAGAAAGCAGCAGAAACCGGUGAGGGCGCCGGGAAGUUUGGAACUUGUGGGUGGAAAUUGUGAGUCUGAGAAGGGAGAAGUUGUGGCGAAGAAGCGAGGGCGAAAGCCCAAAAAGAAAGAAGAGGUCUUGGAAACUGAGAAUGGUGAAAGGGAAAUUGGAGCGGAAGAGAUGGUAAUUGACGAAAAUAAUGUUAAUGGGGUUUCUCAAAAGGAGGAAAGUCUGCGGAAUGAGGGUGGAAUAAGUGAAUUUGGUGAAGGGAAUGGAGAUAAAGCUAAGGAAAGUGAAGUAGAUGCUGGGAAGAAGGGAGUUGGAAGGAAUAGAAAUAAGGGAAAUUUAACGUGGAAAGGUGGGGAAAAGAAUAAAGAGAAGGAAAUAUUGGAACUUGUGGCUGGGGAAAAUGGUGAAAGUAUUGAAGAAGAGAAGGAAAGUGGAGUUCCUGAAGAUAAAAGGGUUUUGAAAGGUGAGAAGGAAGUGAAAUUAGAUGAAGAUUGUCAAUUGACGGUUCAAGAAGCGUUUUCUGUGAAGGAGGAAGAUGGUAAUGGGGUUUCUGAGAAUAAAAAGGAGUUUGAUGAUGUAACAAGUUUAGUGAAAAAGAGACUGAGAGGUGGUGGAAAGAAAGUAAACUAUAAUGAUUAUGAAGUAGAUGAUGAAGAAGAAGAAGGUAUUUUGGGAAAGAAGAAGAGGGGGAGGAGAGGUCGGAAAGUUAUGCAAAAGAGGAAGAAAUUGAUGGUAGUGCAAGAAAAUGGUGCUAGUGAUAAGCAAGAGAAUGAAGAAGUUAAAACUCAGAAGCACUGCCAAAAGGAUGAGAAGAAUGUUGAAGUUAGAGAAAAUGAUGAUUUGAGAUCUGAAGAAGAAAAACUAUCUGGGGUUUUGGAGGAAGAAGAUGGUGAAGAGAAUAAGGUAAGACGAAGAGGACCAAAGGAUCAAGGGAAGAAGUUGAAAGAGAAAACUGCUAGUGAUAUGUGUAAUGAAGACCAUUUGCGUUGUUGUUCACGGAGGACCUCGACAAAACAACUGCAACAUGUGUUGAAGGAUUCGAAGAAAAGAAAACCUAAUGGGAAUGGAGGGGAGUCGUUGAUGUGCCAUCAGUGCCAGAGGAAUGACAAAGGAAGGGUUGUUAAUUGCCAAAAAUGUACAACAAAGCGGUUUUGCGUCCCAUGCAUAACAAAUUGGUAUCCUAAGAUGUCAGAGGAUGAAAUUGCUUCUUGUCCAGUUUGUCUGGGUAAUUGCAAUUGCAAAACAUGCUUACGCAUGGAGGGAAAAGAUCCAGAAUUUGAAAAAGAACAGCACUCUAAGCAUUUACUUCAAGCUCUUCUCCCUUACAUCAGAACAUUUAGUGAAGAACAAAUGAAAGAGUUGGAGAUGGAGGCCCAGAUAUUAGGGGUAUCACUGUUAGAAAUUCAGCCACGGAAGGCAGAUUGUCUUUAUACUGAACGUGUCUACUGUGACAACUGUCGAACUUCAAUUGUUGACUUUCACAGAAGCUGUCCAAACUGUAAGUAUGAUCUUUGCCUUGUUUGCUGCCGGGAAAUGCGUGAUGGCCACUUGCAGGGUGGAGGUGAGGAAGUAGUUGUGGAAUAUUGUAAGCCCAAAUAUUUGGAAUACUUGCAUGGUAUAAUGAAACAAUCUGAGUCUCCAGAAAAAGACAGGUCAUCUACUGCUGAGUCAAAUUCUAAGGAUCAGAAUAGGUCAAUACCUGACUGGAAGGCAAAUGGGAAUGGUGGUAUUCCUUGCCCCCCAAAGGAAUUAGGUGGCUGUGGUGAUGGCCUCUUGGAACUUAGGUCUAUCUUUACAAAAAAUUGGGUUGCUGAAUUGGUGAUAAAGGCUGAAGAAGUAGUCAAAGCUCAUAAUCUUGAAGAUAUGCCUAAAUCUCCAGAACAAAUGUGCAAUUGUUACAACUCAGCAGGUGAGAUUGACAUGGGCAACAAUCAAUUAAGAAAAGCAGCUUCUCGAGAAGAAUCCAAUGAUAAUUAUUUGUAUAACCCGGUUGCUAAAGACAUUCAGCAUGGAGAUUUAAAGCAUUUCCAGUGGCAUUGGGCUAAAGGCGAGCCGGUUAUAGUCAGCAAUGUGCUUGACUGUGCAUUGGGGUUGAGUUGGGAACCAAUGGUUAUGUGGCGUGCUUUUCGUCAGAUUACAAAUAUAAAGCAUGGCCAACAUCUGGAUGUUAAGGCUAUUGAUUGCUUAGAUUGGUGUGAGGGGGAGGUCAACAUUCACCAAUUCUUUAAAGGCUACACAGAUGGUCGUUCUGACUGGAAAUUGUGGCCUCAAAUAUUGAAGUUAAAGGACUGGCCACCAUCUAAUUUAUUUGAGGAACGCUUGCCUCGUCAUAACAUUGAGUUUCUGGCUUGUUUGCCUUUUAAGGAAUAUACACAUCCUCGUGCUGGUGUUCUGAAUCUUGCUACCAAAUUGCCUGAAGAAUCUCUGAAGCCAGACAUGGGGCCAAAGACAUAUAUUGCUUAUGGGGUUGCUCAAGAGCUUGGACGCGGAGACUCUGUUACUAAGCUUCACUGUGAUAUGUCUGAUGCGGUGAAUGUUUUGACACAUACUGCUGAAGUGAAACUUAAACCUGAAGAUCUUCAUAACAUACAGAAGUUGAAACAGAAGCACAAAACUCAAGAUCAAAUGGAGAUAUUUGGUGUCACUCAGUCUGUUGAUGAAAAUUUCCAUGGUACAUCUUGUGGUGCACCUGCUAAUGAUAAUCAGAGUGGUGACAAGUGUGAUGAAUCUAGAGGAUCUGAACUGGAGGAGGCAGCAGAGGCAAUUGCAAAUCAAGGUAGUAGUGGAGAGAGUGGUGAGCCAUCUGAUGUUCCUCAAAGUGAGUUAGAAUCGGCUGAUGGAGGUGCUGUUUGGGACAUUUUUCGGAGACAAGAUGUUCCUAAGCUGCAUGAGUAUCUUAAUAAGCAUUUUAGAGAAUUCAGACAUAUUCAUUGUCGUCAAAUACCACAGGUUGUUCAUCCUAUUCAUGAUCAGAUCUUUUACCUCACUUUGGAGCAUAAAGCAAAGCUCAAGCAGGAAUAUGGAAUCGAACCUUGGACAUUCGUUCAGAAGCUUGGAGAGGCUGUUUUCAUUCCUGCAGGAUGCCCCCAUCAAGUCAGGAACCUUAAGUCAUGCAUAAAGGUUGCACUAGAUUUUGUCUCUCCUGAAAAUAUUGGUGAGUGUGCCCAUUUGACGGAGGAAUUCCGGUUGCUUCCUCCAAAUCAUAGGGCUAAAGAGGACAAGUUGGAGGUGAAAAAAAUGAUUCUGUAUGCAAUGAAUCAGGCUAUAAAGGAUUUGGAACAUCAGAGUCCAGAGUAA